GCUGAGUAAACUAGCCAGAAAUACACUCUCGGGAAAUGGCCUCUAAAUCUUGGCUGAAUUUUUUAAUCUUCCUCUGUGGAUCAGCAAUAGGAUUUUUUUUAUGUUCUCAACUAUUCAGUAUUUUGUUGGGAGAGGAAGGUGACACCCAGCCUAGUAUGCUUCAUAAUGACCCUCAUGCUGGACAUUUAGAUGAUAAUGGACACAGUCACCUCAAGGGACAAGUGGACUUCAAUGCAGACUCUAGCCAACAUAAAGAUGAGAACACGGACAUUGCUGAGAACCUCUAUCAGAAAGUUAAAAUUCUUUGUUGGGUUAUGACAAGCCCUCAAAAUCUAGAGAAAAAGGCCAAACAUGUCAAAGCUACAUGGGCCCAGCGUUGUAAUAAAGUAUUAUUUAUGAGUUCAGAAGAAAAUCAAGACUUCCCUACUGUGGGAUUGAAAACCAAAGAAGGCAGAGAGCAGCUCUACUGGAAAACAAUUAAAGCUUUUCAGUAUGUGUAUGACCAUUAUUUAGAAGAUGCUGAUUGGUUUAUGAAAGCAGAUGAUGACACAUAUGUCAUCCUGGACAAUCUGAGAUGGCUUCUGUCAAAGUAUAACCCUGAACAACCCAUUUACUUUGGGAGAAGGUUUAAGCCCUAUGUGAAGCAGGGCUACAUGAGUGGAGGAGCAGGAUAUGUACUAAGCAAAGAAGCCUUGAGAAGAUUUGUAGAUGCAUUUAAAACAGAGAAAUGCACACAUAGUUCCUCCAUUGAAGACUUAGCCCUGGGAAGGUGCAUGGAAAUUAUAAACGUAGAAGCUGGAGAUUCCAGAGACACCACUGGAAAAGAAACUUUCCACCCAUUUGUACCAGAACACCACUUGAUCAAAGGUUAUCUACCGAAAACAUUUUGGUACUGGAACUACAACUAUUAUCCUCCUGUAGAGGGUCCUGGUUGCUGUUCUGAUAUUGCAGUUUCUUUUCACUAUGUUGAUUCGACAACUAUGUAUGAAUUAGAAUACCUCGUUUAUCAUCUUCGUCCAUAUGGCUACUUAUACAGAUAUCAGCCUGCCUUACCUGAGGAUAUACUAAAAGAGAUUAAUCAAGCGAACAAAAACGAAGAUACAAAAGUAAAAUUAAGCAACCUUGAAAGAAGACCGUGAGUGGACUGAGGUCAAAUGGUCUACAUUGCACUGAAGGACCUCUUCCUUUCUGACAGAAUCCUGAAAUCCCAGUGAGGAACUGAUCAGAAGUGAAUAUUCCAUAUAGAAUUUUUUCCAAUGGAUGACUAUAAUCUGAAGCAUUUAAAGAGCUGUGAAGUCUGUUAAAAUGUGUUUUGAUACAGUAAUAUAUAAAUAUAAAUAUAUAUGAAGAAUUUGUGUUUUAAAUGGUAACAGAAGAGCUAGAAAGGCUCUGUCCUCUGUUCCUGACAGUGUGUGUUGUUGUCACUAGAGCUGGAGGGGUUCCGUUUGUGAUCACCUACUACGCCGCACCGUGAGAACACAAUGCUGAACAGAUCUGCCUUAAAAGUAGAAAGAAAUACUGUCGCUCAAUAUACACUCUGCUCACGUGUAUGAUACAAACCAGCCUCCCAGUUGCCGCCUGAAAACUUUGCUGUGAUUGUAUGACUUAUAAUUGGCAGUGUUUCCUCAAGAAGAAAUAGAAUAAGAUUGCCCCCUGAAGUUCACUAAUAAACCACGUUUUCCAA